AUGUAUUCCGUGAAGAAUGCUGUGGCCUUUCUCACCCUCAAAGGCGUCCAUGCUGCACUCGAUGUGACAAGUGCUUCUAAUGUUGCUGUUUAUUGGGGUCAAAACUCCUAUGGUGAUUCAUCUGGCGACCUUGCCCAGCAGAAUCUUGCUUAUUACUGUGAAAGCAUGCUCGGAUAUCGGUGUAUAAGAGCUCACCACUUCCUUGCUAUUACAGUCAUCCAACUUGCCUUUUUAGAUGUCAUUAAUGGUGAGGGUGGCGCCCCUCAAAUUAAUUUCGCUAAUUCAGGUGAUUCCUGUACUACCUUUGAUGGUACCGCCCUUCUUAAUUGUCCUGAAAUCGCGAAAGAUAUCGUUACUUGCCAGGACCUUGGAAAAACAAUUCUUCUUUCGAUUGGCGGUGCUACUUAUAGCGAAGGAGGAUUUAUUAGCGAAGGAGCAGCUAUUGCUAGCGCUAAGCUAAUCUGGGAAACCUUUGGGCCAAUCUCCACUAACACCUCAAUAAAUCGCCCUUUUGGCGAUUCUAUUAUCGAUGGAUUCGAUUUCGACUUUGAGUCUACUGUUGAUAAUAUGCCUGCUUUCGCUAACGAGCUACGUGCCUUAUUCGUUAAGGAUACCUCCAAGACAUACUACCUAACCGCCACACCUCAAUGCGUCUACCCUGAUGCCGCCGAUAGCCCUAUGCUUAAUGGCACAGUGUACUUCGAUGCUAUUUGGGUUCAAUUCUAUAAUAACCACUGUGGCAUUAACCAUUUCACCGCCGGUUCCACUACACAGAUUAAUUUCAACUUCCAUAGUUGGAAUACCUGGGCCACUACUAUUUCUCUUAAUCCUGAUGUAAAGGUCUUUCUUGGUAUUCCUGGCGGUAGCGCCACGGCUGGGUAUGAGUCAGUAUCGACUAUCGAUUCAAUCCUCGAUUUUAUCGCCGAGGAAGAAUAUAUAAGCUUUGGUGGUAUUAUGAUAUGGGAUGCUAGUCAAGUAUAUGCUAAUAACGGAUUUCUCCCUGGUAUUGUGUCCGCUUUGAGAUGUUUCUCUUCUACCAAGGCUACAAUACUAUCCACAGUGACGACUCCUCCUGAUUCUACAACCUUAGGCCUCGCUGGCACUAUUGUGCCUAUCACGCUAUCUACCGUACAGAAUUCCGGUUCUACUAACGUCAAAGCCACAAGAACUAUCAUGACUACCUACGCUAAGACAACUAUCUUAGCUACCUCGACUGCUUUAAUUCCCACUGCUUUGCCUGCUACCACUACCAUUGCUUCGUCAACAGUGGAUGUGCACUUCGACUUCUGCUUAGCCUCCGGAUUAGCCUGUGCGACUUCUGGCACUUAUACCUGUAGUGGUGCUUCGUAUGGAAUUUGUGACAAUGGAGAGUGGGUUAUUCAACAAUGUGCUUCAGGUCUUAUCUGUGUACAAGAUGGGUCUUCUAUCUACUGUGACUUUAAGGGAGACCACCUCGACACCACUGGCAGCUCAGCGGAGCGUUUCUCAACUGAAUUUGAUAAAUAA